UUGACAACUCAAUGUCUUCCGAUGUAAACAAACUUAUGAAAUUUCUUUCGGUAAAAUGUUUCGUGUUGCAAGAACCUUGAUUUCUCGAGGGAUUCUGCAAGUUCAAACAAACCGAUGUGUUCAUUACAUACAAGGUCAGAAUCUAGGACCUAAAAUUCGGGAAUAUUUUUAUUUUAUAGAUCAUCAGGGCCAGUUGUUCCUCGAUGAUGCCAGGAUAAAGAAUUUUACAUCUUGCUUUAAAGAAAAGGAUUUCUUGGUGUUCUUUUUUAAAAGGCUGAGAUUAAAUGAAACUGACAGAUAUACAGAGGAAUUUCCUUAUCUCUCCCCCUGUGGAAGGGAACGGAAUUACAUUCGGUGUGAUGAUAAAGCCAUUGUUUAUACUCACCUUAUAGAAUCGGAUUCAGGAGAAGCACUUUUAUCCUACGGAGGUGCUGGCAAUGCUAUGACUACUGAAUUCUUGCCCACCCGGAUAUGCAUGUUGCCCAAUACUGGGCGAGUUUACCACCCAGCCAUGGCCACAGUGGGUGGUAUUGGACUGAUUAAAUCAAGUCUUGCCAUAGAACUCAGUAAAUAUUUUGAAUUUGAAAAUGGUGAAGAUCAUCCUCCAACUCAUUUCAACUGGAAGGGAAAAAGACUGCCUCUGACUAAUGAUUUAAUUGACUUGAUGGAUAAAACUCCUUUUCAGAUCAGAGAAAUUUUGGCAAAAAAUAAUUGAUGAUAGUUGUUAUUUUAGAGAUUGAUAAUUUAUUAAAGAUGUGUAUAUUUACCUCAUCUAUGUUUGUCAUAAAAGAAUGCAUAAAUGAUUUACAAAUAGUGAUCUAAGAGAUCACAGGGUUUAAGUCUUAAUAUGUAAGAAUUUGAUUUAAUUUCUGUACAAAUAGGUUCCAGUUCGGACAACUUUGAUUCUAGUUUAUAGAAGAUAGAUCUUACAUGUACAGUAAAACCCAUUCAGUACAAAUCACAGGGGUCUGAAGUUUU